AUGUCAGUUCAAAAGGUAUAUGUUGCAUACCUUCAUCAGAGGCCAGAAGGGAGUACAAAAAUGCAGCCAAAGACCCUUUGGAUCUUUGAGAGUUGUGUGGAUUCUCGUCCUUCCAUUGUCGACAAUGGAAGGAGUAGGCUUCAGAGGUGUCAAGGGGAAUUGUUCACACUGAAGGACCGACAUCAGAAGCCUUUUGUGCUUUGUCCUACGCACGAGGAGCUGGCAACGGAGGUCCUCAUCUCGGGAAUGCCGUUGUCGCACCGCAGUUUCCCAUUGAGGAUGUAUCAGAUCACUUCCAAGUUCCGAGACGAGCGCAGGCCACGGCAUGGCAUCCUCAGAUCCAGAGAGUUCCUCAUGAAAGACCUGUAUACGUUCGACGUGAGCGUUGAAGACGCCCGCAAGACGUACGAUGCCGUCUGCGAGGCAUACUCGUCUCUUUUCCAUCAGCUUGGUUUGAGGUAUGUCAAAGUUCUCAUUGGCACCAUUGGGUGUUCUAUAGCUGAAGCCAUGAGUGGAGACAUUGGAGGUUCCAUGUCCCACGAGUUCCAUUUACUAUCUGAUGUGGGUGAGGAUCAACUGAAGCUGUGCACAAAUUGUGACUUCUCAGCUAAUGCAGAAGUUGUGCCAGGAGAUGUUUGUCCACGAUGUAGGGGACAAUUAGAACAGAGUCCUGGCAUUGAGAUUGGCCAUUCAUUCCUCCUUGAGACUUGUUACUCUGAACCUCUGAAGGCAAUGAUGCAGACUUCUGAUGGGACUCUAUCACCUGUUCAGAUGGGAUGCUUCGGACUUGGGCUGUCUCGGCUUCUCGGUGGCAUUCUUGAGGUCCUUACAGGACCAGAUCCUUCAGAGAUGGUCUGGCCCAUUCCCAUAGCACCUUUCCUGGUAGCUCUUGUACCCCCAAAGGAAGGGAGCAAAGAAGAAGUGAAGGGAGCCAAUCAACUCAUAACUUCCUUCUAUCACAAACUGGCAAUCGAGAAGUUCGAGCACGACGUCUUGGUGGACGAUCGGACCCAUCUCACGAUCGGGAAACGCGUGAAAGACCUUCGCCACUGGGGCAUUCCGUGGGUCAUCAUCGUCGGCAAGAGCUUCCCAUUCCUCGAGGUGAUCGACGUUCGACGGGACACCAGCCAGCUCUUCUAUUCGUCCACUCUCCUCACUUAUUUCUCAUUAAAUGAAAUGGAUGUGGUUGACUUUGACAAGGUUUCCACCCACACACAUUCCCCUCCAUCACUUGUUAGUCUUCCAAAUGCGCACUGUGAGGAUGAAAGAUGUCAAUGGACUGUGAGAGUGAGAGAACCGAUGGGUUCGGGAUGGAACGGGGUGAACUUGCUACGGCAGAUGAGGCGCUUCUACUGGUGCCUCCUUGCCUGUGGUCUUCUUCUCAUUGCUGCUGGCCUCCUCUUCCUCUUCAAUCCAGCCAAUGAGAUCUUCUGCCAACCAGAGGAGUUCCAGCUUGUCUGUGAUGUCCAGCUCGAGGUUGCAGUUCAGGGUGAAGAAGGUUCAAAUAUGGCUGAACCAUGGAUUCACAUGGUCACUCCGACUUACCGGCGUCCCGAACAGCUGCCCGAACUCACCCGCCUCUCCCACACCUUGCAGUUUGUUCCCCGACUCCAUUGGAUUGUGGUUGAAGAUUCCUCUACCUGCUCUGCCCAUCUCUCUGCCUUUUUGAAGAAAACUCGCAUAUCCUCCUACACUCAUCUAGUGAGUCCCAUGCCGGGAUGUUUCCGAGGGCAGAUCUGGCCGCCCCGGGGUGUAUCGGGUCGACGUGCUGCGCUCAAUUACCUGAAGGAUCUCUUGGGUCAUGUAGAUUCCCCACUUCAUGGAGUCCUAUACUUUGGUGAUGAUGACAAUACGUAUGAUCUGCGGCUGUUUGACGAGAUCAGACGCACCAAUGGGGUUUCCAUGUUCCCUGUGGGGCUGCUUGGGACCUAUGGAGUCAGCUCUCCUGUUGUGAAGAAUGGUCAGGUGGUGGAUUUCUAUGACUUCUGGCCUGCUUAUCGAGUGUUCCAAGUGGACAUGGCUGGCUUUGCAAUUGGAACAAAGUUCCUCUUGAAGCACCCAAAUGCCACGAUGCCCUACAAGUCUGGAUACGAAGAAGACUACUUCCUCCAGUCACUCAACAUUGCCAAGGAGGACAUUGAACCUCUGGCAGAUGACUGCACCAAGAUGAGGCGCUUCUACUGGUGCCUCCUUGCCUGUGGUCUUCUUCUCAUUGCUGCUGGCCUCCUCUUCAAUGCAACCAACAGGAUCUGCCAACUAGAGGAAUUCCAGCUUGUCUGCAAUGUCCAGCUCAAGGUUGCAGUUCAGGGUGAAAAAGCUUCAGAUAAGGCUAAACCAUGGAUUCACAUGGUCACUCCGACUUACCGGCGUCCCGAACAGCUGCCCGAACUCACCCGCCUCUCCCACACCUUGCAGCUUGUUCCUCGACUCCAUUGGAUUGUGGUUGAAGAUUCCUUUACCUGCUCUGCUCAUCUCUCUGCCUUUUUGAAGAAAACUCGCCUACCCUACUCUCAUCUAGCAAGUCCAAUGCCAGAAUGUUUCCGGGGCCAGGCAGGUCUACCUCGAGGUGUAUCGGGUAGACGUACUGCACUCGAUUACCUGAAGGAUCUCUUGAGUCAUGAGGAUCCCCCUCUUCAUGGAGUCCUAUACUUUGGUGAUGAUGACAAUACAUAUGAUCUGCAGCUCUUUGAUGAGAUCAGACGCACCAAUGGGGUUUCCAUGUUUCCUGUGGGACUGGUGGGGGACUAUGGGAUCAGCUCCCCAGUUGUGAAGAAUGGUCAGGUGGUGGAUUUCUAUGACUCGUGGCCUGCUGAUCGAGUAUUCCAAGUGGACAUGGCUGGCUUUGCAAUUGGAACAAAGUUCCUUUUGAAGCACCCAAAUGCCACAAUGAUUUACAGGCCUUCAUACGGAGAAGAAUCCUUCCUCCAGUCGCUCAACAUUGCCAAGGAGGACAUUGAACCUCUGGCAGAUGACUGCACCAAGGCCCCUGUGUAUCACCUGGCAUUGGAGGUUUUGUUGCUGAUCUGGGUCUUUUGGCUCAUUUUCCGCAAAAGCUACAAUCCCAGAGAAAAGGCCACUCUCUCAGAAAAGGAGAAGCAGGAGCUGAUAGAAGAGUGGGAGCCAGAGCCAUUGGUCCCAAAGAAUUCUCCUUCCUAUGAUCCAGAUCACCCUGCCCUCCAUCUCCGCAUCAUACAGUCGAGGAUAGGAAAAUAUAUGGUGGUGAAUGGAAGGAAGUGCCUGAAUUUGUCCAGUCACAACUACCUGGGUCUGAACGAAGAGCCAUCUGUGCAGGAAGCAGCCCUCAAGUGCCUGGAGAAGUAUGGGGUUGGGUCCUGUGGUCCUCGGGGCUUCUAUGGCACUGCAGAUGUACAUUUGGACUUUGAGGAACGAUUGGCAAAAUUCAUGAACUCUGAGGAGGCAUGCCUGUAUUCAUAUGGGUUCAGCGCCAUUGCUUCUGCCAUUCCUUCAUAUUCCAAGCGAGGAGAUGUCAUCUUCGUUGAUGAAGCUGUGAACUUUGCCAUCCAGAAAGGCCUGGAUGCAUCACGCAGCAAGGUCAAGUACUUCAGGCAUAAUGAUACUGAUCAUCUGUUGGAACUGCUCCUGGAGCAGCAGAAAUGGGAUGAAAAGAACCCAAAAAAGGCAAAGGCAACUCGUCGUUUCCUGAUUGUGGAAGGAAUCUACAUGAAUACUGGGGAUUUGUGUCCCUUGCCAAGGCUUGUAGAGCUCAAGAAGCAGUUCAAGGUGCGACUCUUUGUCGAUGAGAACAUAUCCAUUGGGACCCUGGGGGAGACUGGACGGGGAAUCUUUGAGCACUAUGGCAUUCCAAAUACAGAGGCAGAUAUGAUUUGUGGGACCUUGGAAUAUGCACUGUCAAGCAUUGGGGGCUUCUGUGUUGGUUCCUCUUAUGUCAUCGACAAUCAGCGCCUCUCUGGACUUGGCAAGUCUUCUUGCUAUUGCUUCUCUGCUUCCCUGCCUCCAUUGCUAGCAGCUGGAGCCAUGGCUGCCAUAGACUACAUUGACUCAAGCAGUGGAAAGGCUGCAAUGGAGAAACUUAGACAUAACAGCCUUCUUGCACACACAAAAUGGGAAGAUGUGCCAGGGAUGGAGCUAGUUGGAGAUCCUUUGUCUCCUGUCAAGCACCUUCAAUUCCAACACCCUUCAAAGAACCGGAAAGAAGACUCAAGAAUCCUGCAAGAGAUUAUCAAAAAGGCAGAGGAGAAGGGGGUGGCCUUGACAGAGGCCAGGUAUGUGGAGCAAGAGGAUUUGUGCAUGCCUCCUCCCAGCAUUCGCCUUGUCGUCUCUUCCACACUGGACGACUCGGACAUCCAGCGUGUCGCCGAUGUACUCCACGAAUCUGCUCCUGCUUCUCGAUUAUGGCUCUUACAAAUGUGUUUUGCUGCUCAAAGAGUGAAUCGUAUCUGGAAUCUGCCAUCUCCCGGGAACCCUGAGGCGCGUCUCCAUCGGCCAAACUCCGGAGCGAUUGACGAGAGGUUCAGAUGA